GCAACUUAGAAGGUUAUACUUUGACCAGAACAGAUUUUCAGGUGAGAUUCCACAUUCUCUUGGAAAUUUGACGAGGUUGAUUGAACUCGAUUUGGGAUCAAACAAGUUGCAAGGUACUGUGCCUUCAAGUCUUGGAAGCUGCAAGUUCUUAUCACGCUUGUAUCUGAAUGGAAAUCAACUUAGUGGUCUUAUACCGAAAAAACUGUUUGAGCUCUCCCUUAUAGAGUUUGAUCUCUCAAACAACCACUUGACGGGGCAUUUUCCUGUAGGGAUUGGCUCUGGAAACUUGACUGGAUUGAUAAACUUGAUCUACAUGAACCAUUCAUACAACAAUUUAUCAGGUGACUAGUUUGAGGGAGCUAUACCUUGGUAACAAUGCCCUUCAGGGAGUUAUUCCUGCAUCGUUGAGUUCUUUGAGAAGUCUUGAAUAUAUGGAUCUUUCUCAUAACCACUUUGUAGGGAGGAUCCCAAAGUUUCUGGAUGAACUUUUCUCCUUGCAGUUCUUAAGUUUGUCUUAUAAUGAUUUGGAGGGUGAGGUACCUUUGAAAGAAGCUUUCAGAAACAUGAGUGCUGUUUCACUUGUUGGGAACAGUGAGCUAUGUGGUGGUAUUCCAGAGUUCAAAAUGCCAAAGUGCAGCAACAAAGUAGCGCCAAAAAGACAAAGGUUAUCUCAUAGAUUGAUAAUAGUAAUGCUGGUUAUUGGAGGAUUAUUGGCAGCAACAACAGUGGCCCUUCUUAUUUUCUUGUGUGCUAGAAGAAAAAAGAGGUCCACUUCAUCAGAGAAUUCAUCGUUGGACGUGAUCCCAAGAGUGACUUAUAAUAGUCUUUACAAAGAAACUAAUGGCUUCUCUACAUCAAACAUGAUUGGUUCGGGUGCAUUUAGCUUCGUAUACAGAGGCAUUCUUGAGGAAAAUGGAAAAUUUGUUGCCAUAAAAGUGCUCAAACUCCAAGUUACGGGAGCUUCUAAGAGCUUUCUUACUGAAUGUGAAGCACUAAGACAUAUCAAGCAUAGAAACCUGGUAAAACUCUUAACAUCAUGUUCAAGUAUCGAUUACCAAGGUAAUGACUUCAAGGCUCUCGUUUAUGAGUACAUGGCCAAUGGUAAUUUGGCAAAUUGGUUGCACAAUAGAAGUUCAGAUGGUGAAGAAAAUCAUGAGCCUAAAACUUUGAACAUGCUACAGAGACUCAAUGUAAUAAUUGAUGUGGCUUCUGCAUUAGAUUACCUUCAUCAUCAAUCUGGAACGCCAUUGACACAUUGCGAUAUCAAACCAAAUAAUGUGCUUUUGGAUGAAGAUUUUCUGGCUCAUUUAGGUGACUUUGGACUGGCAAGGUUUCUGCCUGAUGCUGCAAAACUGCUCUCCUUAAGCCAAUCAGCCAGCUCUCUCAAUAUAAGAGGAACUAUUGGAUAUGUUCCAUCUGGUAAUUAACUCUACUCCCUCUCUAAA